UCGCGACCUCUCCUCUCAUUUGAUCCCUUAUUUGAUAAACAAAUCCAUUAUUCACUUCUCAAAGAGCUCUUCGUUCAGAUUUUCGGAGUCCCAAACAAUCACCCGAAGAGUCAACCAUUUUAUGAUCACGUCUUGACGUUCAAUAUUCUUGAGAAUAAGAUAUGGUUUAGAAACUAUCAAAUCGUCGAAGAGGACGGCUCUCUGUCAGAGAUUGGGCCGCGUUUUGUGUUAAAUCCCAUCAAAAUAUUUGACUCGAGUUUCGGCGGAAGAAUUCUCUACAGUAAUCCUCAUUACGUGUCUCCCAAUAGACACCGACGAGAGCUGAGGAACAAUACGUCCGAGAAAUACAAAGACAAAUACUCAGCCAAGAAGAGCAAAGAGCUGAGACAACCCGCGGGAACCGCUUAUGUAGACGUCGAUCAAUACGACGACAUCUUCGAUACGAUAGCGCCAGAGAAGGCCAAAGGAAUGGCCAAAAACGUGUUUCAGAGGAAUAAGAGUUGAAUAAAAACAAAUGUGAAGUAAAUUUAGGUUUCAAUCAAAAAAUUGAUUUUAUUUUCGAAAUAAUAAAGAAACGAUUUUUCGUCAUUAA